AUGCAAGUAAGAGCUUUAGUAAUUUUUCUAUCACUGUCAGUAGCGGUAGCAAGUAAUUUAAUUGUUCGCCGCAAUCUGCCUUACAUUGAUACAGAACAAUUAGAAAUUGAUCUUAAUAUACGUCAUCAAAUACUGUCAAAACCAUAUGAAUUUACACCACCAACUGCAUAUAAAAAAAUCGGAGAUGCAUCUGAAUUCGAUGUAAACAAUGCCACUCGAUUUGUUCGUUAUGCUGCGGCUAGUUACACUAAAAAUUGGAAUGAAAUAUUGAAUUGGACAUGUGUGGAUUGUCGUGCACCAGAAGUUCAAGGAUUUUUGUGCACACAUUUAAUAUAUGAUAAAAGUACUGAUGCAUUAGUAUAUUUGG